GGGACCCGCCAGCAAGGAUAGAGAAGACUGAGUUCAGUCAGUGGAGGGCUAGUGGAGGACGCCAUUGAAACCGAGAACUGACAGACUUGAAAUUUGUAGCGAAAGGAUAACUAUGAAAUGGGGAAAAUUAAACAACUAUUUCUACGUUGAAUUAAAGUUGUAGUGCCAAUGAACACAACUUUCGUUGCCAGUUCGUGGGAGAUGACGGUCCUCAACGCUGUUCUAGAGUCCCCUGGUAUGCCCUGUCUCCUCCGGCAGCCCAGCACCUCACCAUGAAUGCUAGCGGGAAUGUCUCCACUGCGGGAAACGCCACAGCUGCGUGGGACGCUGGUGGGGGCCCGGUGGUGCUGGAGUCAGUGUUCAUCGUCACCAUCGCCCUCCUGGCCUGCCUGGGCAACUUCCUCAUCGUGGCCACUCUGUACCGCAGGCCCUACCUCCUCACACCCAGCAACAAGUUUGUGUUCAGCCUGACCCUGUCCAACCUGCUGCUGUCAGUGCUGGUGUUGCCCUUUGUGGCGGUGAGCUCAGCACGGCGGGAGUGGGUGUUUGGUGUGGUGUGGUGCAACUUUACCGCCCUGAUCUACCUGCUCAUCAGCUCGGCCAGUAUGCUCACCCUGGGGGCCAUCGCCAUUGACAGGUACUAUGCUGUACUGUACCCCAUGAUCUACCCCAUGAAGAUCACAGGCAACCGGGCGGUGGUGGCAAUCGCCUAUGUGUGGCUGCACUCCCUGGUGGGCUGCCUGCCACCCCUCUUCGGCUGGUCCUCCUUCGAGUUCGACCGCUUCAAGUGGACAUGCGUGGCGGCCUGGCACCGCACCCCUGCCUACACCGCCUUCUGGGUCACCUGGUGCAGCCUGCCGCCACUGCUCGCCAUGUUGGCCUGCUACGGCGUAAUCUUCCGCGUGGCACGCCUCAAGGCCCGCAAGGUGCAUUGUGGGACGACGGUGGUCGCGUCUUCAGAAGAAACGUCAUCGGGUGCUCAGAGGAACGACCAGCGUAAAAACUCAUCCACGUCCACGUCAUCCAAUGGAAGCCGGUGGAGUUUAGUGUAUGCUGGGAGCCAGUGCAAGGCUUUCGUCACCAUUAUGGUGGUGAUUGGGACCUUCCUGGUGACCUGGGGCCCCUACGUGGGGGUGGUGUGUACAGAGGCCCUGUGGGGUCAGGGCAGCGUGUCCCAGGGCCUGGAGACCCUGGUGGCUUGGCUGUCCUUCUGCAGCGCCGUCUGCCACCCGCUCAUCUACGGCCUGUGGAACAAGACUGUGCGCAAGGAACUGCUGGGCAUGUGCUUCGGGGAUCGCUACUACCGCGUGGAGUCGUUCGCCACACGCCACCGCACGUCACGCCUCUUCAGCAUCUCCAACCGCAUCACAGACCUGGGCAUGUCCCCUCACCUGACGGCCAUGUUGGUGGGAGGAGGGCAGCUCCUGGCCCCCGGCAGCAGCACUGGAGACACCGGCUUCAGUUUCACUCAGGACUCAUGUACAGACGUGAUGCUGCUUGACAACUUCUCCACAGAUGGCUCCUCCCACAUUGGAAGCGUGGCCGUAAAGAGGCGGAGCUCGGUCACCUUUGAAGACGAGCAACAGCAGAAUUCCAAAGCUGCAGAGAGCACCACCAUCCCUUCUACCGUCCAGGUCCAAGUAGAGAUACACAAAUCUCUGGACACCUUCGCCUCCUGCCUGGCCAGGGCCAUCGAAAGCGACGCUAAGCUCACCCUCUUUGGCGAGGACACACCCCUAUCUGGGGUGUUGUUUGCGGCUGCGGCGAGGGGGGCACAGAGGCCCCGUUACCUUGACGGUCAGAGACUGAGGCUGGAGAGCAUCGAUGAAGGGAUCGUCAAAGACGACAGAGAAGACCAAGAGAGGGAGAAUGCAUAGAACAAAUAUCCCUUUUCUUCUUUUAGGUACCUAAGAGUUUAUGGUACAUUGGGCAUUGCAUACUUUAUAAUCUUUGAACUCAGUACGGACAGUGUAUAUAUUUAAAAUAGACAUUUAUAACAAUGCAAGGCUUCUGCCAGUUACAGUACAUGCCUCUGUAUCUAUUCUCAUGUGAAUAGAUACUUCACAUUUACAAGUGGGCCCAAUGACCAAUUUUCAUACGUUGAAAUCUUAAAUAGCAAUACAAACUAAGGACAUUUUUGGACCAAAUGCGUGCCAUAUAUUGAGUGCCUUGCUAGUUGUACUAUAUAUACACCUCUGUUAAAUAGGAAGCCUUAACUACUGUAUCUUGACAGUUCAAUGUUUGUAUUUCCAUUGGAAAGAUUUAGUUUAUGCCUAUGAUAAUGUCUUAAGCCACUUAUUCCUUAUUUUCUUUCCAUGCUUAAAGACUGCCUCUUGCUGUUGUGAACAGAUAAGUCUGUUGUGGAGUUUUAGAUGGGGGGGGGGUGCGUUCAGCUGGGAACAACGUUGUGGAACGUUCAUAUAGAAAUGUUUUAUGUAGAACGAACAUGCAGCAGCAUACCACCCUGCAUACCACUGCUGGCUUGCUUCUGAAGCUAAGCAGGGUUGGUCCUGGUCAGUCCCUGGAUGGGAGACCAGAUGCUGCUGGAAGCGGUGUUGGAGGGCCAGUAAGAGGCACUCUUUCCUCUGGUCUAAAAAAUAGCCCAAUGCCCCAGGGCAAUGAUUGGGGACACUGCCCUGUGUAGGGUGCCGUCUUUCGGAUGGGACGUUAAACGGGUGUCCUGACUCUCUGAGGUCAUUAAAGAUCCCAUGGCACUUAUCGUAAGAGUAGGGGUGUUAACCCCGGUGUCCUGGCUAAAAUCCCAAUCUGGCCCUCAAACGGUCACCUAAUAAUCCCCACUUUACAAUUGGCUCAUUCAUCCCCCUCCUUUCCCCUGUAACUAUUCCCCAGGUCGUUGCUGUAAAUGAGAACGUGUUCUUAGUCAACUUACCUGGUAAAAUAACGGAUAUAAAACAUGCCUCAAUGACAUGUCAAGUAAGGGAUCAUGUCAGUUCUAUUCAUGACAUUUCUAUCUGCAACCUUUCACAACAUUUGCCAACUGAACGUGCCCAGGUAUUCCCAGGAGGAGAACUUCCUCGUUCUCAGUAGCUGUAAUGCUUUUGGAGCAUAGGACCAACUUCCUGUAUACUUCAACAUUUCACAGUACGGCAUGUGAAAACAUGCCCUAUAAGAUCAUGUACAUUUGAAUGCACUUGAAUAAUGCAGUACCCAGAGUAUGAAUCCGUCCCCUUCUGAUUUGUAUGUUGUUUUGGAAAGCCGUGACUUAUCAAGUACACUAUAUAUAUUCAAAAGUAUGUGGACAGCCCUUCAAAUUAGUGGAUUCGUCUAUUUCAGCCAAACUCGUUGCUGACUGGUGUAUAAAAUCGAGCACACAACCGUGCAAUCUCCAUAGACAAACAUUGGCAGUUGAAUGGCCUUACUGAAGAGCUCAGUGACUUUCAACGUGGCUCCAUCAUAGGAUGCCAGGAGAACGCUACCUGCCCCAAUGUGUAGUGCCAACUGUAAAGUUUGGUGGAGGAGGAAUAAUGGUCUUGGGCUGUUUUUCAUGGUUCGGGUUAGGCCCCUUAGUUCCAGUGAAGGGAAAUCAUAACGCUACAGCAUACAAUGACAUUCUAGACGAUUCUGUGCUUCCAACUUUGUGGCAACAGUUUGGGGAAGGCCCUUGCCUGUUUCAGCAUGACAAUGCCCCCGUGCACAAAGCGAGGUCCACGCAGAAAUGGUUUGUCGGUGUGGAAGAACUUGACUAGUCUGCACAGAGCCCUGACCUCAACCCCAUCAAACACCUUUGGGAUGUAUUGGAAUGCUGUCUGCGAGCCAGGCCUAAUCGCCCAACAUCAGUGCCCGACCUCACUAAUGCUCUUGUGGCUGAUUGGAAGCAAGUCCCAGCAGCAAUUUUCCAAUGUUUAGUGGAAAGCCUUCCCAGAUCAUGGGAGGCUGUUGUAGCAACAAAGGGGGGACCAACUCUAUUUUAAUCGCCAUGAUUUUGGAAUGAGAUUUUUGACGAGCAGGUGUCCACAUACUUUUGAUCUGUGGUGUAUCUCUCUUGUCAGUAUUACUCUACAAUGGUCCUAGUGUGGGUGAGCUGCAGGCUUUGCAGGACUGUGGUAUUUUAUCAGACUGACAAAGUCAAGCACAUAAUAGGACACCAUGAAGCCACUUACAGUAUUACUGUAUUUUUCAAAAAUGUUACUCUGUUGGUUAGGAUUUCUGGUCAUGUGGGCUCUCUAUGUCCCUGUAGCGAGGGACACCUAGCCUGAUCCCAGAUCUGUAAGUGCUGCUUCAGUCAACGCCUCUGACUGUGCUUUCAAGCACAUACUGAUCUGAAGCCAGGCUAAGGUUACCAUCCCUUGUUCAAACACUAUAGUUAUCACAUAUCUAACACAUUAUACAUUCUGAAUCACUUCACUAGAGCACCAUUUCUCACCCUGAGAGAAUCACUGUCGAUCCUAUUAGCAAUUUGGGGUGUUUACCUCAGAACUGAGUGUUCCACUCAGCGGCCAGUUUAUUAGGUGCACUCGUCUAGUACCGGGUCGGGACCCACCUUUUGCUUCCAAAACAGCCUGAAUUCUUUGGGGUAUAGAAACAUUGCUCAAUUGGUAUCAAGGGAUCUAACGUUGGCCAGGAAAGAUAUCCCCACACCAUUACACCACCACCAACAGCCUGUACCGUUGACACCGGGCAGGAUGGAACCAUGCACUCAUGCUGCUGACACCAAAUCCUGACUCUGCCAUCGGCAUGACUCAACAGGAACCGGGAUUCGUCGGACCAGGCAACGUUUUUUCCAUUCAAUUGACCAGUGUUGAUCGCGUUCCCACAGGAGCUGCCUCUUUUUGUUUUUAGCUGAAUGGAGUGGAACCCGGUGUGGUCAUAUUCUUCAAUAUCCGUGACAAGAACCAACGAGUUCUGCGUUCCAAGAUGCCGUUCUGCACACCGCUGUUGUACUGCGCCGUCAUUUGCCUGUUUGUGGCCUGCCUGUUAGCUUGCAUGAUUCUUGCCAUUCAACCUCCUCAUCGAGCUGUUUUCUCCCACAGGACUGCUGCUGACUGAAUUUUUUUGUUGUUGGGUCGCACCAUUCUAGGUAGACCCUAGACACUGUUGUGUGUGAAAAACCCAGAAGGCCGGCCAUUUCUGAGAUUCUGGAACCGGCGCGCAUGUCACCGACGAUCAUACCACGCUCAGUCGCUUAGGUCACUUGUUUUGCCCAUUUGAACGUUCAAUCAAACAGUAACUGAAUUUCUCAAUGCCUGUCUGUCUGCUUUAUAUAGCAAGCCACGGACACGUGACUCACUGUCAGUAGAAGAAACCAUUUAUGAAAAGGGUGUUGUACCUAAUAAACUGGCCCUCGUGUAUAUCUGUAUUUAUCUGUGUGUCACUGUCCCAGUAUGGUACUGCAUUGUUAGAGCAAUACUCCAGAACGUAAGGUAUUAUACACUUUUGAUUUCCACUAAGGGCUGGAUUCAUUCCGUAUCGCAUUAGAUUUGCAUUUAUAGUGUGAUUUAAAUUUAAAGGCAGUGUUCCCGCAUUCGCAGAGAUUGAAUACACGGUAAACGAUUUGGACUGAAUCCAGCCCUAAGAUAUUUUGUACUGUUGUAUUAAAGUUUUUUUAUACAUA